GUGGCAUGGAUGAAGUGGAUUUUUUAAAAAUUAUUUUGGGUUGUUGCAACUUGCAAGCACACCUGAUAAUUCGUCGGGUCGGUUCAGGUCGGAUCGGGUAGCAUGAGGCUGAAAAACCCUCCUUGAUCUUCGUUAUUUCAAGGUCGGCCAUCUUCUGAGAGUUCAGAUCAGACACCCAAAAACCUUACCGGCGGCCAAACCACGUUUCUUCACGAACUCUUCUCUGUUUGGGCUCGUUCUCUCACUCUCUCUGACCCUCAAUCCUCCACGGUUCUCGCCCUUCCAUUCUCUUCCCUCCGAUAAUCAAUACCCAGAUGGGAAAAUCAAACCCAGAUGAAAAGAUUCUUAGCUAUGAGGAUGUUGUACUAAGGAGAUCGGACUUGGACAUCCUUCAAGGUCCAUAUUUUCUCAAUGACCGUAUAAUUGAGUUCUAUUUUAGUUAUCUUUCUUCAUCCAAUCCUUGUGAAGAAAUUUUACUGGUUCCACCAUCAAUAUCUUUCUGGAUAAUGAAUUGUCCUACUGAGGGUCUCAAAGAGUUCUUGGAACCCCUUCGUUUACCUUUUAAACACCUGGUAAUCUUUCCUGUCAACGACAACGAUGACGUGGGUAAAGCUGAAGGUGGAACCCAUUGGAGCUUACUUGCAUUUGAUAGAAAGUCUAAUGUAUUUGUUCAUCAUGAUAGCUGUAGUGGGAUGAAUACAUGGGAUGCUAAACGACUUUACAAUGCUGUUGUUGGAUUUGUGUCUGACUCCAAUUCAGCGUCCAAUGCCGUAUACAAAGAAUGCAAAGAUUCACCCCAACAAAGGAAUGGUUAUGAUUGUGGCUUGUAUGUUACAGCCAUUGCAAAAGUUAUAUGUCUUUGGUAUGGCAGUGGCGAAGAAAACAACAGAUACAAAGACAAAGAUGACUUAUGGUUCUCUGCAGUGAAAGAGAAGAUCACAACGUAUGCAGUUAAUGAAAUGCGAAAUGAGAUCCUGGGGCUGAUAAGAAGUUUAAUGGAUGUGAAGCAAGGUUUGCCUGUUACAUGAUGAGAGUUUAUGUUAGUGGAAUCUGCCAACAGGUCAGCUUUCUUUGACAUCAAGAGUUUGAACUGAAGUUGCCUCUUUGUGGAAACAUAACACCAAGACUAGAUUUUCCGUCAAUCUUGCAUUUGGGAACUGUUAACUGGUUAAGUGUUAGCUUGAUAUAAACAUAGUUGGACUUAUAAAUUUCGGCUACUAGGAUUAAUGAUAAACUUAUCUUUUUCUUUUUUGAAAGAGGAUUAAUGAUAACUUGUUGAACCAGUGUUGUAUAAUCCUAUGUUGCUUUAAUGUGUUGUACUUGUGGGACAUUGUAUAUACAGCUUUGUAAACUGUGAUGCAAUUUUUGGAACACACGAAUGCAUAUUUCUCUUCUAUAUUGUUUGUCA